GAAACAGUGGCUGCAGUUUCAGCAGCGGCUCCUCCAGCAGCACGAUGAGUUUCGGCGUGCUGGACGAGCAGAGUUUCCGUCUCUGCUGUCAGCUCCUCCUGCAGCAGUCGGAGCAGCUGAACGACGGCUGGAGCUGGGAGGCGGUGAAGGGCUCAGAGGAGGGAUACCUGAAGAAGACGGCUCUCAGGUCAGUCAUCAUCGACUCGAGCACAGAGUGGGACCUGGAAGGAUCUGACUCAGACACCCACGCAUCCUGUCAGGAGACGGAGAAGGAACAGACGGCUCCUGCUUCCAUUGAUGAUGCUGGCGAUAUUAAAGGCGACUUGGAGGAGGAUGAAGACGAUGAGGAUGAUGGCGUCUGUGCAGAGUCUUCAGGCAGCAGCCAGGUGCUUCAGUACGAGUAUCACAUUCUGUUCUCCUGCAGCUACAGCGCUCCUGUGCUCUAUUUCAGAGCCACAACUCUGGAGGGGAGGAGCCUGUCCUUAGAGGAGGUGUGGAGCUCUGUUCAUCCGAACUUCAGACUGCGACUUCAGUGGAGUCCUCUGAACACAAUCACUCUGCAGGAGCACCCCCUGCUGGGUCAGCCUUUCUUCAUGCUCCACCCCUGCAGGACAGAAGAGUUUAUGAGUCCUGUGCUGCAGGCGGCUCACCACCAACACAGGCCUGUGAACUACGUGCUGUCGUGGCUCAGUGUGGUGGCUCCUCUGGUGGGUCUGGAGGUCCCUCUGAAUUACUGCACCCUGCUCCGUCCUGCAGCAUCACCUGACUGAAGCUACACCUGAUCUGUCUCUACCAUGUCAGCAUCACUGUGACUGCUUAAUAGGUUAAUAAGAUGAAUAUCUGGCAGAUAAAGAUCUCCUUUGAUAGUCAAAGUGUUAGUCGCUCUCAGAACUCUCUUACUCACAAUCGUUUCAUGGAGCUCCGGGGUCAAGGGAAUCUGGGCCAGUUCUUUUAUAAGGGUUGAUCUCUUAUUUCAGACAUAACCCCAUAAUUAGCAGGUUACCAUGGUGAUUAACCCGGGUGAAGAAGUGAACCACCAUCCCAACCCUGAAAAGCCAGGGUUUAACCUGAAAUAAACUCACUAACCUCUAAUCCUUCUUUGUAUCACGGGCGUCAGAAUACCAUCCUUGGGUGUUUUCAGAGCAGGAUAAUCUUAUUUUGUCUGAGACAAAACUGUUUCACAUAACUGCUGGAAAAUACAUCUUCAACUCUAUUUGUCCCUGAAGGAUGAUUGG